GGACAUUCCUGGGAAGUAUUCAUCCAUCAGAGCGGCUUGCAGGGUCCGGAAAGGCCUUACAAACGUCCACUCAUUUGAUUUAUAGGAAUCUAUUUCAGUGGGAGCGCUGGAAAAAAAGUUGACCCCGUUUUUUUUUUUCAUCCGACUGGCUUCUAGCAGAACUAGCCGCCUGCCCCUUGCAGCGCUUCAACACCCAGUUAAUCAUUGCCUCUACGGUCAUACUACUUGGACUGUGCCGCUCUGCCACGUUCAGACUCCGUGAAAGGUGCUUUCUUCUCUUUCUUUCUCUCUCUCUCCUCCUGCAGAGGCCGACGAGCUGAAGAUGAACCCCAGCAGCGGGAGGCGCAGCGGGAAGACUUUCCUGUUCACGUCCGAGUCUGUGGGGGAAGGACACUCCGAUAAAAUGUGCGAUCAGAUCAGCGAUGCUGUACUUGAUGCAUACCUAAGUCAGGACCCGGACUCUAAAGUGGCCUGUGAGUGUGUGGCGAAGACUGGCAUGAUUUUACUGGUGGGAGAAGUGACGUCUAAAGCCGUGGUGGAUCUCCAGUCCGUGGUUCGGAAUACCAUCAAGAAGAUCGGCUACGACGACUCAUCCAAAGGUUUCGACUACAAGACCUGCAACGUGCUGGUGGCCCUGGAGCCGCAGGCCGAGGAGAUUUCAGAAUGUGUGUUUGAAGGAAGGGAUCAGGAGGACAUUGGUGCUGGGGACCAGGGCUUGAUGUUUGGAUACGCCACCGAUGAGACUGAGGAGUGCAUGCCUCUAACCCUGCUACUGGCUCACAAACUCAACCACAGGAUGAAGGAGCUCUCGCUUAAUGGAGAGUGUCCUUGGAUACUGCCAGACUCCAAGUCACAGGUCACGGUGGAGUAUCGAGACAGCUCUGGAGCUCUGGAGCCGCUGCGCGUCCACACCGUGGUCAUCUCGGUGCAGCACGGGCCUGACAUCACCCUGCAGGAGAUCAGGCACCAUCUGAUGGAGAAGGUGGUGAAGGUGGUUAUUCCUGCCAAGUACCUGGACGAUAAAACCAUCUACCAUCUGCUGCCGAGCGGCAAGUUUCUCUUGGGAGGCCCACAGGGCGACGCGGGACUCACCGGGCGCAAAAUCAUCGUCGACACCUACGGAGGGUGGGGCGGGCACGGAGGCGGAGCUUUCUCGGGAAAGGACUACUCCAAAGUGGACCGGUCGGGCGCGUACGCGGCACGUUGGGUCGCCAAGUCUCUGGUCAAAGCAGGACUGUGCAGGAGGGCUCUGGUCCAGAUCUCGUAUGCCAUCAGCGUGAGUCACCCGCUCUCCAUCACCGUGUUUCACUACGGCACGUCGGACAGGGACGAGGACGAGCUGCUGCAGAUAGUCCAGAAGAACUUCGACCUCCGGCCCGGGGUCAUUGUGAGAGAGCUGGGGCUGAAGAGGCCCAUUUACCAGGCCACCGCCUGCUACGGUCACUUCGGAAGAAAGGAGUUUCCAUGGGAACAACCAAAGAAACUUGUGUUUUAACUCAGCAGUUAUGGUCCGUUAUGCCCAAAAUCCUUCAGCAAAACCUUUUUGUAGUACUUUUUUUUAGUAUUGUUGAAGAAUUUCUUUAUUCAUGAAUAAAAUCGCAAAUUGAGCUCUA